CGGUCAUACCUCCAUUUCUUUUAUGGAUUUUGCAGGAACAAUGACACUUUCCAUGAAGUUUCAACAUUUCCUUGCUCUGUUCUCUUGCCUUCUCGUUCUUCUUCCUUCGCCUGCAUUUGGUAUUACAAGACACUACAAGCUUGAAAUCAAAAUGCAAAACGUGACACGUCUCUGCCACACGAGGAGCAUUGUUUCGGUUAACGGGAAGUUCCCAGGGCCUCGGCUGGUGGCAAGAGAAGGCGACCGCCUUCUGAUAAAAGUCGUCAACUAUGUUUCAAACAGAAUGCAUGGGAUCCGGCAGUUGCGUUCUGGUUGGGCUGACGGACCGGCAUACAUAACACAGUGUCCUAUUCAAACAGGACAGAGUUAUGUCUACAACUACACCAUUAUCGGACAGAGAGGCACACUCUGGUACCAUGCUCACAUUUCAUGGUUAAGAUCAACGAUCUAUGGUCCACUCAUCAUUCUUCCCAAACGAGGCGUUCCUUACCCAUUUGCCAAACCUUACAGAGAAGUUCCCAUGAUCUUUGGGGAGUGGUUCAAUGCAGACCCCGAGGCAAUCAUUAACCAAGCACUUAAAACAGGAGGCGGUCCUAAUGUUUCAGAUGCCUACACAAUCAAUGGGCUUCCCGGUCCAUUAUACAACUGCUCAGCUAAAGACACAUUCAGACUCAGAGUGAAACCUGGGAAAACAUACCUUUUACGGCUAAUCAAUGCUGCACUCAAUGACGAGCUCUUCUUCAGCAUUGCAAACCAUACAGUAACAGUUGUUGAAGCUGAUGCGAUCUAUGUUAAGCCAUUUGAGACGGACACCAUCUUAAUUGCUCCAGGCCAGACCACGAACGUUCUCCUGAAGACGAAAUCUCAAUACCCGAAAGCCUCAUUCUUCAUGACUGCUAGGCCAUAUGUCACAGGUCAAGGCACUUUCGAUAACUCUACGGUUGCAGGCAUCUUAGAAUACGAACCACCCAAAAGCACCAAAGCCAUUCACUCAAAGACCUCUAUCAAGAACCUUCAACUCCUCAAACCAGUGCUUCCUGCCCUAAAUGACACAAAUUUCGCUACCACCUUCACCAAUAAACUGCGCAGCCUGAACAGCAAGAGAUUCCCAGCAAACGUGCCUACAGAGGUCGAUCAGAAAUUCUUCUUCACGGUGGGAUUGGGAACUAAACCUUGCAACCAAAAGAACCAGACAUGCCAGGGACCUAACGGCACGAUGUUUGCAGCCUCGGUCAACAAUAUCUCCUUCAUAAUGCCCACAACAGCUCUCCUCCAAUCUCACUAUUCCGGCCAGUCUCAUGGAGUAUACAGCCCAUAUUUUCCCCAUGAUCCCCUCAUCCCAUUUAACUACACUGGGAAUCCACCUAAUAACACCAUGGUCGGUAACGGGACAAAGCUGCUGGUUCUACCCUUUAACACCAGCGUGGAGCUGGUGAUGCAAGACACCAGCAUUCUCGGAGCCGAAAGCCAUCCUCUUCACCUCCAUGGAUUCAACUUCUUCGUUGUCGGCCAAGGGUUUGGGAAUUUCGACCCGAACGAAGAUCCGAAGAACUUCAAUCUCGUCGACCCGAUUGAGAGAAACACAGUCGGUGUGCCUUCCGGUGGUUGGGUGGCGAUUCGAUUCCUUGCAGAUAACCCAGGUGUAUGGUUCAUGCACUGCCACUUGGAAGUACACACCAGCUGGGGCUUGAAGAUGGCUUGGCUUGUUCUUGACGGAGACAAACCAGAUCAGAAACUUCUUCCUCCUCCUGCAGAUUUGCCCAAAUGCUGAAAAUUUCAUCUUCUUGCUUCGCGACCUCGAAUCUCCAUCCCCCAUUUUGUUUGUUCCUGAGCAAUUUGUUAUUUUUCCCCCUCCGAUUCCCAGUCUGUGUUUCACAAAUUUGCUACGUGAGAGAUGAGAAAAUUACUGUAUGUAAACACGGAAAAACGCUAUGUAAUUUACGCACCUUGACGCGAAUAACCCCCGAGGAAACAAAGUUUUCACCUUUGUUUUUA